UGUCAACAAAGUCAACAUGAGCGCGUAAAUACGGAUUUUGCUUUGCUCAUCGAUUUUUUAGCAAAACAAUAAUUUGCUGUUUAUUACGGCACAAACAUAUUGUUUUCAGCGAAAGUGGCACAUACAAAUGUCAACACAAUCUAAAACCAUGCCUACGAUCGAUUUGAAGGUGUUUGUGAGGGUUGUGGCCGCAGUGUUUUCUAUAUCAUCAGCUACAGCAUUUGUGUUUGCUCUGCUGCGGCUGCUGAAGCCAGAACUGUUCUAUGUGGAGCCUAGAUUUGGGAGCGAACUGGGCAUCCACUACUUCAUGACGGGCCUCAUGAUCCUGACAUCAGCCAUCGGCUUCCUCAACAGCUGUGUAGUGAUGAACCGCAGCUCGGCGCACAAUGUUGGCCGUAACAUAGUCACAUGGCUGCUUCUCGACUCACUGUUUGAGACCAGCCGAGUGGUGUAUGUGUUCCUGAGCGAAAUAGUCCUCAAGGGGAAGGGACCGUUGCAGAUCUACGAACUAUUGAUCAGUGCUGCACAGUAUUUGUUGGACAGCUUCCUGUACUGCCAGAUGAUCCUCAGACACUAACAUUCACAGAAACUCAGUAUUGUUAGUAGUGUGCACUUAGGUUUAUGAUAAAUUAUUUAUUGUAUAGUAGGUUUUAGAUCCUUUGGUGGGUGAGUUGUCUCCCAGCUGAAACAAAUGCUUUACACAAUGUACCUUAUCAUGAAUAAGGGUGUGAUCAAAUUUAGCGCGGCAGAAAUUAUAUCUAAUGAAUGACGCGUGUUGCUGCGCUGUUUGGUCGCGCCUUUAGAGACGUUAAUCAUAGAAAUUAUGUAGAAAGAGUAAAAGAAAAUCUGACAAUUAAUAGAUUUUAAGCCCUACUUCUUUUUAGAUUGUUAUCGAUAGUUCCUUAUCCAGUAUUUUAUUUUUAACAUUAAAUCUCUCUAAGCUAGUAAGUAUAUUGAAAGUAUUUGUACUUUAAACACAUUCCAUUGUACCUAGCUGUGAUUAUUUACUAUAGCAAUUUUAAGGUUGUAACUCGUAGUUUUAGUCAUAAUAUGGUAAACUGAAUCUUAACUACUUACCUGCCAAGCCUACAAAUAAUAGUAAUAACUCAUGGAGUAGAAACCUUGUAGGAAUAGUUUAGGUUAACAUAAAUUAUGUACGGUUGCAAAGAGUAUACGUGUUAGACUCAUUGCUCUAUAAUAUCCUGUACAUCAGUUGAAUCUCGAGAAGGACUAGAUGCAGAAACAUCAAAUUUUAAAAUUGAUUAUUAAUUUAAAAAAAACAUAUUUCAACAGCAUAUACAUACUGCUGUACAUACAACCAUAAAAAGUAAAGGCGAUGAGGAUAGUCUAUCUAUUUUAUUAGGCAGAGGAAUUUCUCCAGCAGUGGAUACUUAUUAACUGAUAUUAUAUUGAAUCUCGGAAUGUGAUAGCCGAUCACUCUAGUGUUAUGACCUCGAUAGGGUCGGGAGAAUCAACUACAUAAGUAUUUGUGGAAAUAACGAUAAGUAUUGUAUUUUAUGAGAACUCAAAGAUCCAUUGUAAAUUGAAUCAGAUCGUGAAGAUUUUAAUUAUAAGGUGCCUGUCUGAUUUAUGACAUACUCACUAGUUAUACAUAUACAUACCUAUACCUAAUUACUUUCAGUAUUAUAAAUACUCUGAUUUUUGUUGUGUUUGGUUUAUGUUAAUUAUCCUCACUGGGCCGCAUAGAAAAACCUCAAAAGGAACUUCUCUUUGGUAAUAUUUACGUGUAAUGAAUGAAUAUAUGUUUAAUAUGUUGAUUGCGGCCCAGUACCUAAAUUAUAAUUUUAGGUUCUAGUCAAUUGGUUCGUAUAUUUAUUAUGUUAUGGUCAAAAUUUGUUUCGUCGGUGCUGCUCUCAUUAGAGUGAAGUGGUUUUCAUGUAAAACUGUGAGGUACUAAUGAAAGGUGAAAUAUAUGAAAAAUAAGACAAA